GUCACGAGCGGCGCGCCAGCCGGGCAUGCCGGGAUUUGUAGGCGGAAGCUCCUGACUGACGAGAACGGCCUGUUGCUGGAGGCUAGCGCUUCGAGCUCCGCCCUUCGGCUGGGCUUGGGACCCGGAGGGCGCGCCGACUCUCCCGGGAGCCGGUUCACUUCAGCCCGUUCGGGAUCCAGCCCCCAGAUCCAACUGCUGGCUCCGCAGCCCUCCAUCCCCCCACCCACCACGGCGGAGUCGGUCAAGCCCACCCUCUGCAGAGUUGUCAUCUACUUGCAGAAGGAGAUGUCCGGGGACACUUGCCUGACGGCCCUCUGCCCAGCUUCGGGGUCCAAGCCCAAGGGGGCCGGCCUCGGCAGCUUCCGAGCGGGUGCCCUGGGCAACAAGUAUGUGCGGCUCAACGUGGGAGGCUGCCUCUACUACACCACGGUGCAGGUCCUGACGCGGCACGACACCAUGCUGAAGGCCAUGUUCAGCGGCAGGAUGGAGGUCCUCUCGGACAAGGACGGCUGGAUCCUCAUCGACCGCUGUGGGAAACACUUUGGCUCCAUCUUGAACUAUCUCCGAGACAACACGGUUGCCCUGCCGAAGAACCGGCAGGAGAUCAAAGAGCUGAUGGCCGAAGCCAAGUACUACCUCAUCCAGGGGCUGGUUGACCUCUGUCAGGCGGCCCUGCAGGACAAGAAAGAGUCGUACAAGCCCGUCUGCAACAUCCCCGUCAUCACGUCCCCCAAAGAAGAAGAGAGGCUCAUAGAAUCGGCCAUGAAGCCGGUGGUGAAGCUGCUUUAUAACAGAAGUAACAACAAAUACUCAUAUACAAGCAACUCCGAUGACAAUUUGCUGAAGAACAUUGAGCUGUUUGAUAAGCUCUCCCUCCGCUUCAACGGGAGGGUCCUCUUCAUCAAGGACGUGAUUGGGGACGAGAUCUGCUGCUGGUCCUUCUACGGCCAGGGCCGCAAGCUGGCCGAAGUCUGCUGCACCUCCAUCGUUUACGCUACGGAAAAGAAGCAGACCAAGGUGGAAUUCCCCGAGGCCCGCAUCUACGAGGAAACGCUCAACGUGUUGCUCUACGAGACCCCUCGGGUCCCCGAUAACUCUCUUUUGGAAGCCACAAGCCGUACCCGAAGCCAGGCCUCCCGGAGCGAGGACGAGGAUGGCAGCUUUGAGCUGCGGGACCGAGUCCGGCGCAUCCACGUCAAGCGAUACAGCACUUACGACGACCGCCAGAUGGGACACUAAGGGGUUUAUUUUCCCCCUGGAUUUCAAACCUGGUCCUCUUGUUCCUGCUGCCCAUUGAGUGAGCGGGGCGUGUGCCAUUCCCGCGUUGGUUGGAGGUUGACGUAGAUGUUGUUCCAGUGUAGCUGCGCACAAUGCCAACCAUGUAUAAACUCCUUUUUUGUUUUAUUUUGACGACGUACCCUUCUUCCAUAAGCUGACACCUUCAUCGUUUCAUGGCCUUUGUGGAAGGAACUUUCUCAGACUUAUAGUCAGAGAAUUAUCUCCUUCGUUUACCUUUUUCAAAUCCAGAUGCCGAGGAUGGCGAAUGUAUCUCAAACACUACAGUUUUGGCAGCCAUGUGUCUUCUUUCGAUACCAAAACACUUCUUUUCUCAAAUGGACAGAAAACUAACUAACGCUGGGAGAAGUUGGAAAGACGUUGCCGUCUUGAUGCAUCCCGAGGGUUGGCUCCAAGGUGAUUUCUGCUUCAGAGAUUCGUGCCUUGGUGUCAAAACGCCACCCAAUAAGUUGCAGAGUUGGUAGUUGGAUUGCGGACCGUUAUUGGUGGGCAUUUUUGCUUUAUUUCACUACGUUUGCCGGAAGCGCAUCGAAUCCUCCGAGGCCUAUUGAGCCUGGAAUAUACUGGAAUCAAUUUCCUAUAUUUCUGAUCAUCUUUUCUGUCUGUGCGUGGAACGUGGUGGAUCUCAUCCCUUCGUAAAGGGUCUCCAUUGUGAAGUUCGUCCCACACAUUUCUCUCUAGUGAUGAUAGCAGAGGAACACUUGAACCGCUCUCAGUUGAGGUUUAUGUGGGUCACGAUGGACGUGUUUGAGGUUGUGGGGCUUAAUGUUCAUCCCUGGCUUCUCACCACACUAAAUACAGGUUUGGUGGGAUUCCCAACCGUCUCCUGUCUGGGAUGUUGCUGCUGCUGCUGUUUUUUAGGUUUUUCUGUUUUUUCUUUCUGAGGCCCCCAAAUAUCAUAAGACGCCUUCAUUCAUGGACUGUGCUGAGAGUAGGGAGCCUUCAGAUAAGGUUGGGGAAUGGAUCUGGAAGAGAAUGGGGGCCACUCAAUGAAGAUUGUUUAGGAAAAACAUGGAAAUGGUGUUAGGUUUUCUCUCCAGACACAAGGUUGAUUUUGUACAAGUGCCUAAAGAGUAGAGCGAUCUGAGUUCCACCAUAAAUGGUCUCUUCAUGGACCUCAAUAGAUGGUCUACUUGGCCUGUAGGCUUGUCCAUCAUAGACCAUGGCCUAUCAGGGGCAACCACAGCUCCCCAACAUGGUGCCCUUUCCAUGUGUAGGAUGACAAGUCCCAACGUGGACUUGUAGUCCCAUAAGGCUUGUAGUCUUACCUAGAGGGAACCAGGUGAGAGAAGACUGAGCCCCAAAUGGCUGGAUGAAUCUCCCAGUUGAGGGGAAAGGCUGUUCUUUGGUGUCCAUUCCAGAUGUGUGCACAAAGUCCAUUGAGGACCAUGCUAAGACCAUUUAUGGUGGAGCUCAGCUAGUUCUACCUAUGGCCAGUUGUACCAACGUAACUUCACAUGUGUAGGGAGAAAACCAUGCCCUCCAGAAAAUCCCAUGUUUGGGCCCACAAAAAUAUCAAUCUCAAAGGUCCAUCUUAAUGGUCUAUUUGGCCUGUAGCCUUGUCCAUCGUAGACCAUGGCCUACCAGGGUCAACCCCAACAUGGUGUCCUUUACGUGUGUAGGAUGACAAGUCCCAUCAUGGACGUGUAGUCCUACGUAGAGGGAACCAGGUGAGAGAAGAUGGACCUCCAAAUGGCUGGAUGAUUCUCCCAGUUGAGGCGAAAGGCUGUUCUUUGGUGUCCGUUCCUGGUGUGUUCACAAAGUCCACGAAAGACCAUGAGAAGACCAUCUAUGGUGGAGCUCAGCUAGUUCUACCUAUGGCCAGUAGUACCAGCGUAACUUCAUAUAUGGAGAGAGAACCGUGCCCAUGUUUGGACCCACAAAAAUAUCAAUCUCAGAGGUCCACCUUGUUGGACGGGGGAUUCUGAUGUCAGAAAGAUCUCAAAACCAUAGCUUAGGACCACGAUACCAGCUCACUUAAGCCCUCUCUCUUUAGGGUAGUGCCAGAUAUUGGGGGCAAAGAAGUGGGGAAGACUAUCUCCUCCUCGUCCCCAUUUACUUUUUGUAUUUACAUGAUUGAGAAGAGACCUAUGGCAUUCCACAGAGUGAGAGGAACAUCUUGCCUUCGCAGCCAGCCUCUUCUCCAUGCACUGAGUUCUGUACUUUCGGUCAGGCCGAAUGUGACUUCUGGAUGUACCUGGUGUUGAAUGAAUAAAAUAACACUCUAAUGA